AUGUCUGGCCUCGAAGUGGCCGGUGUCGUCCUCGGCACUUUUCCACUCAUCAUCGACGGUGGGAAGCUAGUGCGGGGUUAUCUUCAGAUGACAAAGUUCUGGUGGAAGUUUUCAUCACAAUUCCCCGACUUUAUUUCUGCCGUCGAAGAUGAACUCAUUGCAUUUCGACAGAACGUGGAACUUCUCUUACGACCUUUGGCCUUGGAUGCCGCCACAGAGUCAGACCUCUUGAACAACGCGCAUUCGAGAGGAUGGCACGAUUCAAAGCUCCGAUCGAUGCUGAAGGCUCGACUUGGCAGAGAAAAGUUGAUUCACAUCCCACGUUCGGGGACUGUUGAUUUUGCAAUUCUGAGACUGGCUGUUAGCUUCACAAAAAAGCGGGAUCUGAUGAAAGAAGUAACCACGAUAAACACACAAAUCAGCCGAUUUCUCGAGGCGGACCUUCGUAUAGCGCAAGCCACAUUGCUUGCACCAGCUAUCAUGGGCAAGGAGGAGUGGAAAGCAUGCCUAGCUGCCACGGCUCCUUAUCUUGACAUGCAGUCUAAGACGGCUCAGCUCUACAGGGCUUUUCGACCUGAAAGUUGGCUUUGCAGGUGUCAAACUCUUCAUCCGUGUGGGAUAGCUACGGUCUGGUUUGAUCACCACGCAAAACAGCCAGGAAGGGGGGCUAUCAACCUGUUUCUGGGUUCAAAUGAGCCACCAAACAUGCCUGUGGAAGUAGGCGUCGAAGUCUCUGCUGGAGUGGACUCUACCUGUGACGGGAGCGGCAAUGCUGAGCCCUUGUUCGAUCAGGUGGCAGACCUAACCGCUCGCAUACGGCUGGAUGCCGGGUUCGAGAUGCAUGUCAAGGCAGGGAAACAGCAGAAUUCCACGGUGCUCGCACUCUCGAGCUUCCAAACCGCGGUAAAUCCACGUCAAUCCAUCAUAGACCCCAUCUGGAUGCCUAGGAAAACGGCAAAGCUCGCAAAACCAGAUUCGGCACAACGCCAUGCAGUACCCAAACUUCCUGAGGCAGCAUCGCCUGUCCCAAAGAAGCUCCGAGUUGGUUGCAACCUCCUGAAAAAUCCCAUAUCUGUGCUGGAGCAACAUGGAGACACCAUUCACUAUGAGGACAACACAAUCACUCUAAGUGCUAAACGACAACAUCCAAGUGAGACAGAGUCCUCGUUAAAGUCAAGUAUACAAACACUAGUGGACUUUCGCAAGCCAGCCUCCCUUCUUCUCAGCGAGCGUAUUCGCAUAGGCAUCAAGCUUGCCUACACCAUUCUCGGACUGGGAACAUCCGCCUGGAUCCCCCAAGCCUGGGAUGAUCGCGAUGUCCAGGUUGUCAGAAAUACACCCCCCAAGGUUUACUUCAACCACACUUCUAUCCGCUCGGCACUGGAGCGACAAGUGUCCAACGCCAGAGAACACGCACAGAUGACUAUUUUCACACUUGGAACGACUCUCCUCCAGCUCCUCUUUCAGGAACGCAUCGAAGACCAACCCUACUACAAAGCUCACUGUAACUCCGAUGGGUCGGCGAAUGAUUGGACACAUUGGCGGGCGGCGCAGGAGUGGCAGGAGGAGGUGGAAAUGACACAUGGGCCGGAGCUGGCGGAUGUCAUUGCGAGGUGUGUCGGUGUCAACUUUGUCGACACACCAGACCUGGGGAAAGCCGAGUUCGUUCAAGAGGUGUUGAUCUCUGUGAUAGAACCGUUGGAGAAGUACGUUAAGCAUUUUUGA